CGGCGAUGAAGAAGGACGGCUCCUAACGAACCCGGGACCAAUUCACUUCCAAAUGGAUCCACAUCAACAAAAAAGUACGAAAAUUUAUGGGAGUAUACGAGGAAUGCUCCCGGUCCCGGAGGAGCGGCAUGAACGACGCCGAUGUUCUCCGGCUUGCCACGACCUGGUAUCAAGACGACGGGAACCAAGGCAAGGUGCCCAUCGAUCUUUGGGGGAUUUUGAGUCGUUCCCCGAAGUGGCAACAACUCAACAAUCCCGACGGCGGAUCGUUCCGGAAAAGAUCCACCGUCGACGCCGAGGUUGAGGUCGACGAGACCAUCGGUUCUACCGAUCAAAUCCCUUCCUUCAACGUUGCGGCUUCCGAUGACGAGGACCCCAUUCCAUGGCCGAUCGGAAGAAAGAAGGCAAAAUCUAUUGCCUCUGGUUCGGGAGGGUCCGCCUCUGUUUCCGCUUCUCCCCGCGACGAAAUUGACCGGGCAAUGAUUGAACAACUUCGGGCGUUCAAUCUCCAAGAACAAGAGAGGUUGAAGCUUAAAGAGAAGGAGUUGAAGCUAAAGGAGCAGGCGGCCGAGAUGAAAGUCAUGCAAACCGACCCCGGGACGUUGUCGGAGUUUGGACGAAUUAUCUACGAGCAAAGAAUGAGAGAGAUCAACGAGAAAUAUAAUUUACCUUAGCCUUUUUAUUAAUGUAUCUUUUUUUUUAAAUUAUUGUCGCUUUUUUUAUUUAAUUAAUGUAUUUUUUAUUAUUCGUGUUUCAAUUUAAUUAAAUAAUAAAUUAAUUACAUUUUA